UUUCGCGACGUCUGCUGCAUUUCUGUAGUUGUAGCAUUUUUUACUCAUCGAGUCAACCGAGUUCAGCACAACCCAAUCGCCAUGGCGAUAAUUUCAGAUUAUCAGGACGACGAAAACGAGACCAAACCCAAGCCAAAGUCGAAUCCAUCGUCGUCUUCGUCUUCGUCUUCAUCUAAAACGUUGUCGUUUAAUGCGACAUUCGAUCCGAGGACUCCGAUAGGGAUUGUAGAGAGGCUGUUCGAUUUUCUGGUGAAUGAAACUGACUUUAUGGCUGAAGACACAGCCGAGAGGGAGAUCGUGGCUGUUGUGAAGGCGGCCAAGGAUAAGGUUAAAAAGAAGAUGGCGGAGGAGAGAGAAAGGGAAGCUGCUCUCAAGGGUACUGAGAGCAAGAGACUGAAGGAGGAGAAGAAGCGUGAGGUCAAAGCGGAGGAGAAGAAGCCUGAGAUCAAAGAGGAGAAGAAGCCUGUGAUCAAAGAGGAGAAGAAAUUUGAGCUCAACAAGGAGGUAAAGGCCACGGUCAAGGAGGAGCCUAUUGAGGUCGAGAAGGAGGAGCCUAUUGAGGUCGAGAAGGAGGAGGAAAGUGGCGCCAUAGUUCCAAACAAAGGUAAUGGCCUUGAUCUGGAGAAAUAUUCAUGGACACAGACCCUACAAGAGGUUAAUGUACUUGUUCCAGUUCCUUCUGGUACUAAAUCAAGGUUUGUUGUAUGUGACAUAAAGAAAAAACAUCUGAAAGUUGGUCUAAAGGGUCAGCCUCCAAUAAUUGAGGGAGAGCUUUACAAGCCUAUCAAGGUGGACGAUUGCUAUUGGAGCAUAGAGGACCAGAAUACCAUCUCAAUCCUUUUGACCAAGCAUGACCAAAUGGAAUGGUGGAAAUGCUUAGUGAAGGGAGAUCCUGAAAUUGAUACUCAGAAAGUUGAACCUGAAAAUAGCAAACUAGCUGACCUGGAUCCUGAAACACGACAGACCGUUGAAAAGAUGAUGUUUGAUCAGCGACAGAAACAAAUGGGUCUCCCAACCAGUGAUGAGAUGCAGAAGCAGGAAUUACUCAAAAAGUUCAUGGCUCAGCAUCCGGAGAUGGAUUUCUCGAAGGCCAAGAUAUCAUAAAUUGGAUCUCUUAAUUUGGCAGCGGAGGGUUAAAAGAUGGCUGGGGCGUCCAUGCUAAUUUUGUGGGUUUUCUUUUUAGUAGGGCUUGGAGUGAUUGGACUCCGUUAAUAGUUUUGAAGUGGAACAUUUUUGGAUAGGUGUCCUUUGUGGGGCUAACUUCUAUACUAUAAUGCUGGCUUUGAUUUGUCUGAAAUACUUUCCCGUCCAGCAGAUGGAUGUGAUUGGUUUUCUUGUUGAAAGUUUAUAAUCCAUAUUGCCUUGUGAUCUGAUUCAA